CAACGUUGCACCCGAGCGCCUCCCGUUACUUUAGUUGAGAUACACUUGAGGUACAGCAUCAUCAUCAUCUAUGGCUGCCUCUGAUCUGCCCGUCGAGGAGCAUGACAUUGUCAUCAUCGGCGCCGGCCUCAGCGGCAUCAACGCCGCUCACCGGCUGCGAACCGAGCUCCCGCACCGCGCCCUGACCAUCCUCGAGGCCCGCGACGUCAUCGGCGGCACCUGGAGCUUCUUCAAGUACCCCGGCAUGCGCAGCGACUCGUCCCUGCGCUCCUUUGGCUUCCCCUGGCACCCCUGGAAGCACGCGCACAAGAUUGCCUCUGCCGCCGAGAUCUGCGACUAUCUCGAGGACGCGGCCCGGGCAGACGGCACCCUGGACAAGAUCCGGCUCCGACACCGGGUCGUGCGCAGCGACUGGAGCAGCCACGAGCAGAGAUGGACGCUGCAGGUCGACGUCGACGGCGGCGCCACGAAGCUGCUGCUCAAGGCCAGCUUUGUCGUCUCCUGCAUGGGCUACUACUCGUACGAGCAGUCCCUCAAGAGCCCCAUCCCCGGCAUCGACAGCUUUGAGGGCUCCGUCGUCCAUCCGCAGUGGUGGCCGGAGCAUCUCGAUUACAGCGACAAGCGCGUCGUCAUCAUUGGCAGCGGAGCAACCGCCAUCACUCUGCUGCCCGCGAUGGCGGAAAAGGCAAGAUCCGUCACGAUGCUUCAACGGACGCCGUCGUACGUCAUCUCUGUGGACAGACGCUCGAAGCUGGAAUCUCUUCUCUCGACGGUGCUGCCCCUGUCGUGGGUGUACUGGAUCGGCCACUGGGUCGACGUCUGGUUCGAGGUCUUCAUCUCGGAGCUUUGUCUGCGGUGGCCUCGCCUUGGACGCUACCUCAUCACGCUGGAUCUGGACAAGAAGCUGCCCAAGAAGAUUGACGCUGCGGUCCAUUUCAAACCGACGUAUGGCCCCUUUGAGCAGCGGCUCUGCCUGACGCCUGACGACGAGUUCUUCAACGCCCUGCAUCGCGACAACGUCGAGGUGGUCACAGACGUGAUUGACACCGCCGACAAGGACGGAAUCCUGCUCAAGUCCGGCCGCCAUCUCCCGGCAGACAUCGUCAUCACCGCCACGGGACUGCACAUUCAGAUCCUCAGCGGAAUCAACCCCCACGUCGACGGCAAAGCAAUCGACGUUGGCGAGCAGUACGCAUGGCGAGGCUGCAUGAUUGAGGGCCUGCCCAACCUGGCCUCCGUCUUUGGCUACGUGACGACGACGUGGACGCCGGGCGCCGACUCAAUGACGAAGCUGGCCAUUCGCGUGCUCAAGGAGAUGGAGGCGGAGAAUGCGACGAGCGUGGUGCCCGUCAUUGAGAGGACGGAGGGGAUGCCGCGGCUGUCGAGCACGAAUGCCAAGAGCUCGUACUUUGUCAAGGCCGUGGACAGGAUUCCCAAGGCGACGGGCGUUGCGCCGUUCUAUGGGCGGCUGAAUUUGUUUGUCGACUUGUGGGCGCUGUGGUUUGGGAGUGUGAGGGAUGGGCUGGAGUAUACGAAGAAGGAGGCCAAGAAGACGAUGUAG